UGCCCUCCCCACCCAGCCAGCAUCCCCUACCCCCGUGGGGCCCGUGGAGCACAAGCCACAGUCACUUCCUGAAGGCAGCGGCCCAGCUUGGGUCCCACUUGCUCUGUGCCCCAUCACCCGCCUGCAGCCAUGGGGAGCCAUCAGGACUUCCGGAGCCUUCAAGCAAAGUUCCAGGCCUCUCAGCUCGAGACCAGCGAACUCCCCAAAAAACCCCCAAAGCCUGAGUUCAACAAACUCCUAAAGAAGUUUCCACCACCCGAGCUAAGCGAGCACCCCAAGAAGCCCCCACAGCCAGAGUUCCACACAGUACCCAAGAAGCCCCCACAGCCCCCUUGCACCGAUCUCCCCAGAAAGCCCUCCAAACCUGAGUUGAGUGAGCCCUCCAAAAAGUUCCCACAGUUCGAGACCCCUCAGAAACCCCCACGGCCUGAGCCUAGCAGGCCCCCACUGGAGCCCAAGCCCAGUGCCUUCCCUAAGAAGCUCCAGCAGCUGGAGCCCAAUGGGACCACCCCAGAGCCUUCACAGCCCGACUUUAAUACCCUUCCCAAGAAGCCCCCUCAGCCCGACCUCAGCGUGAACCCUAGAAAGGCCCUGCAGUCUGAGGUCAGUGGCCUCCCUAAGAAAUCCCUGCCACAGCCUGAAUUCAAUGAGGUCCCUCAGACGCCCCCCUGGAAGUUAGAGUCCAAUGAGCACCCGCCCCACUGCUCAGAGCCCGACUUCAGUACGUUUCCCAGAAAGAUCCCAGCCCCUCAGCUGAGUGAUCUCCCCAAGAAGCUCCUGCACCCUGAUUUUGGUGACCUCACCAGGAGGUCCUCAGAGCCUGAAGUCAGUGUGUUUCCCAAGCGGCCACGGCAGUCUGAAUUCAAAGCACCCUCCAAGAAGCUCCUGCAGCCUGAGCUGGGGGCCCUCACCAGGGUGUCCUCAGAGCCCGAGUUUGGCCUCCUCCCCAGGAAGUUCCUGCAGCCUGAAUGCCAGCAGCCCCCUCGAAAGUUCUCACAGCCCGAGCCCAGUGCUCUGCCCAAGAAGCACCUGCACACGGAGUUCUUUGGUGAUCUCCCUAAAAAGCCCCCACUCCCUGGCUCCGUCUCAGAGAGCUCACUCCCCGCUGCUGUGGCGGGCUCCCGCCCCAGGCUCCCAUUCAGCCCUGGCUUUGGAGCCAGGGAGCAGAGAUCAGGAGCUCGCUCUCACAGUGGAGGCUCGAGGCUGGGCCUCCAGCCUGGCCACCCACCCCGGCGGAGGCCUCUGCCCCCAGUAAACAGCCUAGGCCCCCCCCCAGCCAAGCCCCCACUGCCCCCUGGCCCCAGGGAUGUCCAGAGCUUCCGAAGAGCCGCAGCCGCAGCCACAGCUCUGAGGAGGACCCGUUCUUCUGCUGGGAUCCACCUCCAAGCCCGACAGACUCAAGACAUCCUGCAGGACCCGGACGAGGCCUAUGAGCUGUAUGACGACGUGGAGCCCACGGACAACUCCAGCCCCAGUCCCAUGGGCAGAGAUGAAGUGCCAUUUACCCAGCAACCCCCCAGGCCACCACAAGAUCCAGAACUCAGGAAGGAGAAGGCUCCCCAGCCACAGCAGUUGCCACCCACAGACCUGAAGUCCCUGAAGCAGAUCCGGAAGGCAGAGAAAGCGGAGAGGGAGUUCCGGAAAAAGUUCAAGUUUGAGGGGGAGAUAGUGAUUCAAACAAGGAUGAUGAUCGAUCCCAACGCCAAGACACGUCGUGGGGGUGGCAAGCACCUGGGGAUCCGGCGUGGGGAGAUCCUGGAGGUGAUCGAGUUCACAAACAAGGACGAGAUGCUGUGCCGGGACACCAAGGGCAAAUAUGGCUACGUGCCCAGAACAGCUCUACUGCCCCUGGAAACGGAGGUGUAUGAUGAUGUUGGCUUCUGCGGUAUGUAGAUGCUCAGGGUGGGCUGGAAGGGACCACAGUGCCUGGAAAGAGGUAACCCCCUACUCCACCAUCCCAUUUCCCUGGGGGCUGCUCAUUAGCUGUGUAUGGGGAGAGGAGUCACUCCAAGUCACCCUUCCUCAGCAGAACCUCUGGAGAGCCAACCAUUCCCCCAGGGAAGAUAAGGCCCACAGGUGUGGGUCCCCAGGACAACCUGUCAGCCCAGCCACCCACUAAAGCAGGAGUUUUGGAGACCAGACUGGCAAUCACAGAACCACCCAGGCUCAUGCCUGACUACAUACAUGAACCACAUAAAGCUCCUAUUUAAAGCGA